UCCAUGAGGAAGUUACUAUCACAUGAAACCAUUUUAGUUGGCCACAGUCUCAAUAACGAUCUCCAAGCAUUGAAGUUAGACUGCACAAGGGUGAUUGACACGUCAUAUGUCUUCAAGUACGCAAAUCGGACGAACAGAAAACCUUCACUGAGUUUGUUGUGUAAGGCUUUGUUAGGCUAUGAGCUCCGGAAGGGAAGUCUGCACAACUGUUUGGAUGAUGCACGUGCCGCUAUGAAGCUUGUAUUGGCCAGAUUAGAGGGAAAGAUUGAUGAUAUUGUAGCUGAGGAGGUAAAAGACUUGGAUAAGGCGAGGUUGCUCAUACAUAGGGUCCCUGCCAACGUUUCUGUUGAAGAUUUGAAGAAUGUUCUUCCUGGAGACUUUUCUAUUGAAGUGAAGGUUAGAUAAAUCUACUCAGUCAUUUCUUUAAUUGACAAUGCCUUGACUUCUUAUGGCUUAUAACCAGGACAACAAAUCCACCAAACAUUCAUCAAUUGCUUACCAAAUAAAACUAAUUCGUGUCAAAGACCAUCAUUCGUAUUUUAUUUCAAUCAAUUAGUGCAAUCCAUCAUAGAUUUAUAUCAAGCUCUUCAACUAUCAAUGUUAUCAAAUAGCGGAUAUGGCGGCGCCAUGGCACUAUGGCAUGGCGUUCUGUGGUGGAAAUGCCAUAGCACCUUGGCGCUGCCAUAGCACCGCCAUAUCCGCCAUUUGACAACAUUGCGUGUGUACUGCAUUUAGGAAUGGGGCCUUAUGCUAGAAACAUGGAUGUUAGAGCUGUAUUUUAUGCUUUAUUAAUUGUUUCAAGAGUUUUAGAUGAUAUAUUUUU